CUGUAUCAUUAUUUUCGUAUUAUAAUAUAAUGGUUAGAAUAUAUAAUAAGAAUAAAACUAAAAAAAUAUUAAAAGGCAGCUACAGUAAAAGCUGGAUGGUUUUAUUAAACAACGAUCAAAUCUUAAUCUAGAAAUUGGUAGUCAAUUUUUUUACAGCUGAAAUAAUAUGAUUUUUAAAAUAUAAAAAUAAUCGUUCAAUGUGAAUAUGUAUGAGAGUUACAUUUUAUACUUAAAGUUAUUAAAUCAUUUCGUCAGGAUGAGCUCAUCAGCAUAUUUCCAAGUCGAUGAAGACACGAAGUUCGGACAAUCACAAGCACUGCCCCAGAUCCAAUAAUAAAAAUUCUGUCUUAAACUCAAUUCAAAUGGAUAACGGUAGACAUUUAAUUAGCAUCAACAGUGACUAUCAAAGUUGUGUAACGCCAUUUGAUAUUGUUUUAAAUGAUUUGGAGUAUGAAAAUAUGUAUGAUCCGUUGCGUGAACAAUCUCAUCAGCCAUACAAUGCUACACAUACGACUAGAAUUAAUAUUUCCACUCGAGCCACAAUUGUACCGUUUAGUUCUGGUUUGAGUGACGAGGAGCUUAAUACGUAAUAUAGUGUAACCUCAUCUUCAAGACCUCUUAUGGAUGACCCACUGCCUCCGCAUGACGAGUACAUGGCAAGACCACGUCCAAACACCUCAUAUCAUUAAUUUAUCAGUAACUUAGGAAGACAUUAAAUUUAUAUUCAUUUACACCGAUGAUAUAAUAAGAACUGAACAAGAUUUGUAAAUUAUACAACAUUAUCUGAAUCCUAAGUUGUAUGCACUGAGAUUUUGAAAUUGUUUGUUUGGAAAAGAACACAUAUUACACAAUAAUACUAAAUAAUACUUUUUUUUUUUUUUUGGUUUGCAUAAAAAUCUAUAAACGCCUAUUAGACUCAUCAAUAGCAGUAGUGAUAUUGCUGUCAAUUAUUGUUUUUAUGCGCAGUGUUUCACAGAGAAGCAUAUUGUGUAUUACUGACAUUUAUUUAUAAUUACAAACAACUUUAAAAUUAAUUAUUGUGAACCAUCUAAGUAUUAGAUUUGUAAAUGAAAGAAAAGCUUACAAGAGUUAAAAUAGGUAUUCAAACCCAUAAUUUAUGUUUUGUUUUUCAAUUAGGUAGGUAACCAGAAGACAAUUACCAAAGUCGAUGGGUAGAAAAAUAUACAAGUGAACUGAUUGAAAUGGAUAGUACACUAAUCCAAGCAUGUAUAUUUUUUAUGUUUAUGUAUUAUAUCCUAAUAUUAAUUGUAUAUUGGUGCUGCAGUCAAAUAUUCUGUAGAAGAGAACCUGUGAUAUCGGAUGCGAUUCAAUUGGAUAACGUUAGACAUUUAACUAGAAUCAACAGCGACCUACAACGUUGUUUAGUUCCAAUAAAUGUUUUAAAUAGUAUGGGGUAUGAAAAUAUUACGAAUAAUCCGUUGCUUGAGCAAACGUAUCAACAAUCUAAUGCCGCACACAAUUUUAGAACAAACAUUCCAACUGCACGAUCCACGAUUGUGCCAUUGAGUUCUGAAUUAAAUUAUUUGGAGCUCGAUGCAUCUGAUGUAACCUCACCUUCAAGACCUCUCAUGGAUGACCCACCGCCUUCAUACGACGAAUGCACGAAGAAUUCGUCCACAUAUUAUUAAUUUACCAGCAAAUUAAGAAGACAUUAAUUUGUAUCCACCUAUUAUACCGAUGAUAUAAUAAGAAAUAAACAACAUUAUUAAAACCUGAUAUUUUACGUUUUGAA